AUGCCCGGAGAGAACAUAGGAGAUAUCUCCGCGAAGAAGUUUGCGGAGUUGUUAUCCGGCCCAUUGCUGGACGUCUUCGUCGGGCCUGAGCGCCGCCGUUGGUCUCUACACCAAAAUCUUCUGGUCCAUCAUGCGCGCUUCUUUGACGAGUCCUUCAUAGUCAACGGUGAGCACAAGCGCAUCAAUGACGGCAAACUCGAGCUCCGAGACGAGGACCCCAACGCAUUUGAACUGCUUGUGAAAUGGCUGUACCAGGGCAAGAUUGAUGAUGUCUCUUGGAUGCCCAAAGACGUCAAGUGGGACUAUGCAUUCACAUGCCAGAAACUUUAUCUCCUCUGCGACACGAUAGGGCUGCAAGAACUCAAAAACCAAGCCAUCGACCAAUUCCGGCGAGGAUGUCACGAAGCAGGACUUGUCCCCGGUCCGGAAGAGAUGAAGCCCAUCUAUGAGAAAACCCCUCCAGAUUCUCCAUUCCGCAAACUCGUGAGCAAGAUCGCUGCGAGACAGAUCAUGGACCCCAAUUCGGAGAAAGAUGCAACCAGUUACAGGGAGUGCUUUGCCAUCAGCCCUGACUUUGCCGUCGACGUCAUCAAUGCGAUCAAGGAGGGAAGUGGUGGGCUAUUGUUUGACGAUCCAACAGAGGGUAACGGGUGUCGAUAUCAUGAACACGAGGACGGCGAGAGCUGCCACAAGACGGUCAAAUUCAAGGGUCUUUCCUGA